AUGUCUCCCACACCUUCUGCUUACGGCAGCAUCGGCGAAGUGGAGCCUUUGAUCGAGCGGCGAUCGGAUAGCAGCUUGACGCGUGUGUCGACGUUGUCUGGCAGUACCUCGCAUUCGGAGCGGCACAGCGACAAUGGUGAUCUUAUCCGCGACGUCAUAAUAGGCUUUGCAGAUGGCCUGACGGUCCCCUUCGCCCUCACGGCAGGCUUAUCCAGCCUUGGCGACACCCGCCUCGUCGUCAUGGGCGGCUUGGCCGAGCUCUUCUCUGGAGCUAUCAGCAUGGGCCUUGGUGCCUACCUGGCUGCCUCUACCGAAAAGGAACAUUACGAGAGCGAGGAGAAGCGGGAACGUGACGAGGUCGAGCGUAUGCCGGACGAGGAGCGCCAAGAAAUCUAUGACAUCCUUGCGCAGUACCACAUCAGCCAAGAGGCUUCCGCGCCUCUUGUGAACGAGCUCUGCAAGAAUCCAGAGAUGUGGGUCCGCUUCAUGAUGGAUUUUGAGCUGCGCCUGGAGAAGCCCAAGACAAGCCGCGCAUGGUUGUCGGCAGUUACCAUGGGCAUGAGCUACUUUAUCGGCGGGCUGAUCCCCAUGAUCCCCUAUUUCCUGAUGGAGACCGCCAUGCGCGCGCUGAUGGUGUCCAUCUGCAUCACGGUUGUCAUCCUGCUGAUAUUUGGCUACAUCAAGACGGCGAUUACGGUGCACAACAAGGUCGCCGGCUGCUGGGGCGCAUUGCAGACGCUUGUGAUUGGUGCGCUGGCUGCUGGUGCUGCAUACGGCAUCGUGCGCGCACUUGACUCCGGCCAUUAG